UGGUUAAGUCACGAACCGAGAGGUCCCAAUCGCGGAAAUUCGGCCGGAACUUCCUGAAGCGUGGGAGUUGAAUUGGCUAAGGGGGGUGCGACAAGGAACGGCCAACUUUGAAGAGGAAGAGAUUUUUUGUAUUCCUGGCAUUGGUGCUGGCUUAUAGUUGGCCGAGAACGAAGACGAACAGCGUCCCGGUACAUGUACCCAACUCGAGCUACCAUACCAUAGAACUAUCAUACCAGUAGUGUAGCUCUCCUAGAAGAGCCAGAUUACAAGUGACAGCAAGGACCCAAGGGCAGCACUGAAGUCUGCAACGUUCCAAAGAUAUUAUUAUCGGUACAAUGCCAAGGCUAGAGUGCGACAAUGAAUAUUACGACCAAUCUGAAUUCCUACAGCAAAUUCAACUGCUUUCCCCGCUACACAAGCUGGUUGUCACACAUGCACCUUUGGACUUGAUCCGAUAUGCAUACAACAAGGACCCAGAAGCUUUGAAUGCGGAUAUCAUUUAUGAUGCAUGCAGGUUUAACACGAAUCCAGAAAUCCUUGAUUUUCUUUUGGAACUUGCAGGACCCGAUUCACUCUCCCUCGAAGAGAUUGCCUCAAGCAUGCAUGAAAUAAUUGACGAUUAUAUUGAUGUCAUAUUUGAUCGUACCGGUAUGACAGAAUUAUUUGAAAGACUGAGACCUUUGGCUAAAAGAUUCCCACGUGCCUUUGUAUAUGCUGAAGCGCCAGAAAAGCUGAGUCCCUUGGCAUCUGCCCUCCAGAUGGACAUGCGUGGUGAAUACAAGUUUGAGCUGAUUCGUGACAUUCCAUCAACCACAGAGGUCCUCAACUUUGGAGACUACAUUACAUUUCAUGAUGCCUACAAGGAAGACAUAGUACCACGAGAAGUUGUGGAUACAACAGAUGCUUUGGUUUCCAGACUCAAUAAAAUGACGGAUCUACAAAGCCUGAAAUUGAAAAUUUGCUAUCAAGAUGAAAAGUUGAUAGAUCCUGUUUGUAACCUGAUCGCUUCUGGGAAGCUGAAAUCUCUUGUUGUCUCUGCUGCGCCGGAAAAUGCAGAUGAAGACCCUCUAAGCUUCUUUUCCCCUAUCUUCAACUCCAUCAAAGGAUCCGCGCUACGGGAGUUUGGGCUUCUUGGCCUCCAAGACAGCAACUUGGCAAACUCACACCAGGAUCUCAUCCUUGAGAUUCUAAAGAGCAAUUUCACUUUGAGACAAGCUCACAUCAGUGCCCUUCCUGCAUAUGAAGAUUGUUCCAAUAGAUCGAAGAAGCAAAGAGCUAUUGAUUACUACACAACACUCAACCGAUAUGGAAGGUCUAGAGUGCGAAACCCAGAGUCGCAGUUGAUAGAAAUUGUCGAUAAUCUGGCACAAGCAGCUCAGCAAAGUGAACCAGAGCAUCCCACAUGGACAUCAGCCGUCCCCGUGAUCUAUGGGCUCCUAAGGGAAGCACCUGGAAAAUGGAGUGUAUCAGCUGCGGCCAAACAGAUUGCCAGACCCAGAAGAAGCCCCAGACUCAAACGAAAAGCUUCACAUUCCCUGAAUAGAAAUCUCUGGGUUGAAUGAACAUGAUCACAUGAUCUCCUGUUAUGAGCAUUGUAACAAAUAGAGAUCAGAAGCACACCCAUCGUCGCCGGACCAGUACCUGGUACCAUCCCGGUACUGCUACGUGUACCA